CCCGCCCAGAAGUGUCGCCGGGCAGCGCUGACAUUGAGUUGGUGGGCAGAGUCUGAUUUUCCGUUCCCCCUCCUUUCCUGCGACCUACAUAGAGGAGACGUGACCUCCACCCCCACGCAGCGCAGGCACCGACGAUGUCACUCAUCGGCGCCUGCACCGAUCCAGAUACCUAAUUAGGAGCGGGCAGAUACUCAUGUGAUACCGGCACAUUUAGAAUUCACCAGCUUAGUCUGCUAUUUAUAAUGUGGGGUAAUCGAGUGGUUUGUUCUACUUAUUGCGAAGCUGGAAACUGAAAGUAAAGAUGAUCAGUUUCACUUUUCGUAUCCUUUGGUGAGAACUGUGAGAACUAAAUCUGGACAGAAGGUACAUAAAGAAGAAAAACGCGUCCUUUAAAUACAAGUUCAGACCCAGUCCUGAAGAUUUAACAGUGGAAACUUUAAAGUUUCCCGUGGUCAGCAAAUGAAUCAAAGAGGAACCCCACCCUUGAGACUGAAGGAGUGGCUUAUACUUCAGAUAGAAAGUGGCCAGUAUCCUGGUCUUCGGUGGGAAAAUGAAAAGAAAACAAUGUUCAGAAUUCCAUGGAAACAUGCGGCCAAACAUAACUACAGGGAAGAAGAAGAUGCCGCUUUAUUCAGGGCCUGGGCUAUACAUAAGGGAAAGUAUCGAGAGGGAACCAUCAAGGAAGACCCUUCAGUUUGGAAGACAAGACUCCGAUGUGCCCUAAACAAAAGCCCAGACUUUGAGGAGGUCAUGGAGUGCUACCAUGACUGUGGUGAACCCUACAAACGCUAUUGCAUCGUUUCUGAUCCUCAAGAGAAAACACAUGAGGGGUCCAAAGAACCCAUCAAGAAUCUGCGGAAAGAAGAACCCUCAAGGACACCCACAAUCAAAACAGGAAGUAAAGCAUUGGAAGGUCCAUUAAAUCCACAUGGUUCUUCUGAACAUCUGCAACUGCAAAGCCCAAUCAGCCCAAAGGAUGGAGAAAGUUUUUCUUUUCCAGUCAUCUUACAGUCUCAAAACGAUUAUCAUAAAGUAGCAGAUGUUUCAAAGGAAGCCAUUAUCAUCCCACCAGCAUCCACUUCAUCAGCAGAUUAUUGGCUACAUGUCCGCCUUUACUACCAGGGUAAGCUGGUCACUGAAGUCACCACGCAGACAGCUGAAGGGUGCCGCAUUAUCCCUCUGUCAUCAUCCGACCAUGAACACAUGCUGGGCUCAUCGUACCCAUUGCAGGAUAUCCCUUUACCACCACCCCAGGAGCUACAUGGCAUCCUGUCCCUAGAGAUGCAACUGGUGGUCAAGAAGUUGUUGUUCCAUCUGGACAAAGGAGUGGUGCUGUGGGUGGCACCUGAGGGGGUCUACAUAAAACGCCAAUGUCAAGUACGUGUCUACUGGACUGGUCCCCUAGCUCCUAAUACUGACAAGCCUAACAAGCUGGAGAGAGAGAAGACCAGCAAGGUGUUGGACACAGAACGCUUCAUGCAUGAGCUUCAGAUGUAUGUUAAAAACAUGGGCCCCGAACCCCAGUAUAAGAUUCAGCUCUGCUUCGGAGAGGAAUAUCCAGGGUCAAUGCAGAACCCCAAAAAGUAUAUAACUGCUCAUGUGGAGCCGGUGUUUGCUCGAGAACUGCUUGUAAAUGUAAAGACAAAACUAAGGAAGGACCCUAUGGCCCACAAGAUUCACUGCUGCAUGAACGACUCACCCUGAAUAAUCCUGCACUUUUCUCCAAGCUGUCCCACUUUUUAGUUAUAUCUUAUUUUUGGAAAGCUGGAUGACAGCUAAUAUGGUAGCCAUUAUUGCAUGGCAUGAUGGCAGUGGGGGGAAGAGUUAAAGGGGUACUCCGGUGCUUAGACAUCUUA